AUGGCUUCUUCUUCUUCAUCAUCUUCUGUUGCUAAUUACCAGAACAUUGCCACGCUAAUCUCACUGACUGUUAUUCUCCUGAUCUCACCCGCGCAUUCCCUCACCUGCACCUCCCAGUUCUUCUCCAACAAAAAGCUCUACUCACAAUGCGCCGACCUCCCCACCCUCAGCUCCUACCUCCACUGGUCCUACGACACCGCCAACUCCACCCUCGCCGUCGCCUUCGUCGCGCCGCCGGCCAAGCCCGCCGGAUGGAUCGCCUGGGCCAUCAACCCCACCGGCACCGGCAUGGAGGGCGCGCAAACGCUCGUCGCUUACAAAACCGCCUCUGGCGCCAUGGCUGUCAAGACCUUCAACAUCAGUGGUUACACCGGCGAUUCCAUCGUCCCCGGAGAACUUGCGUUCGAGGUCUGGGACACGGCCGCGGAGGCCUCAGGUGACGCGUUCAGGUUGUUUGCGAAGAUGAAAGUGAAUACUGGGCAGGUGAACCAUGUCUGGCAGGUCGGGCCGUCGGUUUCGAAUGCUGGGUUUCCGGCGAAGCAUGCUUUUGAGGAAGGGAAUCUUCAGGCCAAAGGGACUCUCACCGUGACCGGAACUAAUACCGGUGUCGGCGCCGCCACCGGAGCCGAUCCCAAGAUGAAGAACCGGAAUAUUCAUGGAAUUCUGAAUGCUGUGAGUUGGGGAUUUUUGUUUCCAUUGGGGAUGAUCAUCGCAAGGUACAUGAGGGUUUUUCCGUCUGCGGAUCCUGCAUGGUUUUAUCUUCAUGUAUCCUGCCAAUUAUCUGCUUAUGCCAUCGGUGUCGCCGGCUGGGCCACCGGACUGAAGCUUGGAAGGGGUGAAUACAUGAACCACCGCAACAUCGGAAUUACGCUCUUCGCCUUUGCAACUGUGCAGAUGUUUGCAUUGUUCUUGAGACCUGCUAAGGAUCACAAGUACAGGCUCUUCUGGAACAUUUACCACCACAGCAUCGGAUAUGCGAUUCUCAUCCUUAGCAUUGUGAAUGUGUUCAAAGGCUUAGACAUACUGAAUCCUGCUAAGCAAUGGAAAACGACUUACAUAAUAAUCCUCGCUGUGUUGGGUGGGAUCGCCGUACUCUUGGAAGCAGUCACUUGGAUUGUUGUACUGAAGAGAAGGUCAAGUGAGUCCACCAAGCCAUACGACGGAUAAGUCAACAGUCGACAAGGUGAAUCGAGGUCUCCCAUUGCAGAUAUACUGAUCUUGUAAUACCCUUGUGGCCUCAU